UAUAUAAAAUACCUGUGUGUCAGGGCUACACAUACACACUUACAGCCCCGCAAGCUUUAAUAAAACUUCCGGGUUGUCCCUCAUGUGCAUACAUAUACCAAAGAUGGGCUAGUCGUCCUAAUAGGGUUGUUUUUAAGCUGAGAACGGGAAAUAUGUCAUAGCUGUGUACUCGAAAUGAUAGCCAGCGCGUUAUAAAGGUCUUAAUCAUGAAGUGCCGGUUGAGUCAAAAGCGGGACAGACCAUCAUCACUUGCACAUCUCACUCCAAUGGACGGAUUUACAACAAACACAGUUGUUCGGAUGUGUGAAACGCGUUACUGAGAUAACUUUCGUACAUUUUAUAUACCAGUGUUUAAAGUGGAGACGGUGAUCCAGGUGUUUCGUGAAAAAUGGGAAAUAAUUCAUUGCUGAUCAGGGUAACACUCGCAGUGGUUGUUCAUGUUCUGGGUAUGAUGACGUCAUCAGAGGUAAUGCUGGAUGGACAGCGGUUUUUCUGUAACUCGACGGCCAACAUCACUUCCGAAUGUUGUCUUCACUGUGACCUCAACGCCACCUGCAACAACACCUGUCCUCCGGGACAGCUAACUCACAAUCUCACAAAAAGUUUCCCGUCAUGUAUUUUCACUAAUGACAACGACUCUAAUGCGAUGUCGUCUGAGGAUCAGUCACGUGAUUUUGUGGUAGUGUGCGUGACGAUGUGUCCUGUUGGGUAUUACCCGGAUGUAGACCGAUGUAAGAAGUGUGAUGACGUUUGUGAUUCGUGCACAGGCCCGGGGAUCAAGGACAACUGUACAUGUCCCUUGCGAAACAACAGUGAAUGUGUGAAUAAAUGUGAUGAAGGAUUUUACAACAACGACAAUGGUUCUUGCGCAAAAUGUGAUAACGCAUGUAACAGUUGCAACGCUUCUGGUAGUCGGGUUGAUACAUGCGAUUGCAAGUUUGAAUUUAAUGGUACGUGCUAUGUUUCCUGUCAGCCGAACAUUACUAGUUGUGAGAAUGAAGGAGAAGACGACUUAUUACUUAUCAUCGGAAUCGCUGUCGGCGGUGGAGUAUUCGUCAUCAUUAUCAUCGUCGUCAUCGUAAUCAUCGUCGUCAGGUGCUGUCGGCGUAAGGGGAAAAGCAAGUCACGCAUGAGUACCAUUAUUGAAAACAGGAAUGCGGAUGGGGACGAGGAGGAACAGGUGGGAGGGGUCAGACUUCCCGUGCAUGUCAAAGGGAAGAGGCCAGGCAAGUACGAGAACGUGGAACUACUUGGUAGCAAUGUAUCGAAGCAGGCUCAAGACACACAAGACAAAAAGACAAGAUAUACCACGGAUCCGACUCUUCCCCGAGGGGCUUCUUUAGAGGAUCCGCCUGAUCGUACAUCCGGUUGGUAUGCUAACGCUGGGGCAAUCAAACUCAACCAAAACCUAGCAAAGGGAGAAGGUAGGGAUACCAAAUUAAAUCGUGGAGUCUUCAACAAGUUUAAAAAGUCUCUCAUGGGCAGGAAAUCGAAAAAACAGGAAGAUAACUCUAAAAGUAAAUCCGGUACUACAAACCCGGUCUUCAGUGAUAAUAGUUCAGAGGGUGGAACAUAUUGUGAUAUGUCCAGGAAAACAAAUGGCGACACUGAACAGGAAGAUUAUGUGGAAGUUACCCGUCAAGCGGACGAUGAACCGCAGGAAGAUUAUGAAAAUGUUGAAAAAAUAUUCAAGGCUAAUCUAAGAGACUAUGAAUCGCAGGAUGACUAUGAAAAUUUUAGUAACACUCCCAAAGCCAAUUUAAAUGACGAUGAACCGCAGGAUGACUAUGAAAAUUUUGAACACACUUCAAAGGACAGAAUUACUGACGAUGAACCUCAGGAAGAAUAUGAAAACUUUCAGUAUAAUCCUACCGUUAAUACAACAGAUGAGGAACCGCAAGACGAUUACGAAAAUUUUGGUCAAACAUCGGCGCCUGCGAUGGAAAUAGAUGGCAGGGGAACGAACGAUUUGUAUCAAGAAGAAGAAUCACCUUACAUUAAUGUCAAAGAGUUUAAGAAAAAAUCAUGAAAUCAUACAUAAUGAAACUUUCGUUUAUUGCCGACAUUAUUUGUAAAAGGCAUAUGUCCUAUCGCCUUUCUUCGUUAUUUCCUCGUGAGAUUAUGUUUUUCUGCGAGGAACAUUUUUUUAUUAUUAGUUUUAAUCAAUUUUAGUGCUAUAAUUCAACUUGACACAAUAAUUACUAACAUCUCGUCAUCAGUAUUAAACCUUUCUGUUGGUGCUCGGUAAGCAACACGACAUACAGCAUCGGACAAAAGUAUUUGCGGUUUCCCCCAAUUUAGUUUUAAAUCUAAUGCCUUUUUACCUUUUGUAUUGGAGAGUCAGGCUAAUCUUUUUGUCAGAGCCAUUGAAAAUAUUUUUCAUACAUUAUGUAAAAGAUGUGGAUUAAUAAGGGAAUUUCCCUUUAGCAUAGCGGUAAAGCAUCGGGCUGGAGAGCCAAGGGUCACGGGUUCGAGCCCAAGCGACGACACUAUCUGUAUCAAUAUUCCUCGUCCUAUUACAAAUUGGUGCCGUUGACCCUCUCCGUUCAAGGUAGGAGAACCCAUGGCGGGGAGUCAAAGAACAUGGGUUGUUGUUUGCAAAAAAGGGGAGAAUAGUGUAAAAGACGAGGAUUAAUUAGGUUCCCUUACAACCGUCAGCUGUAGGGAAUUUCCCUUUAGCUCAGCGGUAGAGCGUCGGGCUGGAGAGCCAAGGGUCGCGGGUUCGAGCCCCAGCGACGGUACUAUCUUUAUCACUGUUCCUCGUCCUAUAACACAUUGUCUGGUUUUCGGGGAAUGACAUAAGCUAUUUUGUUUUCUGUUUACAACAAAUUUUAUUUCUUAAAAUAAGUCACCAUAUUUUGCAAAUCAUUCCACGGAAAAAUAUGAAAUAUUGUCAAAUAAAUCAUAAUUCUCCUUCGGGGUUUGAUAUUUUAUUUCAAUGACGCAGUAACUGGUUUUGGGAAGUAAAGGGAAAAGGUAGAAAUGAUGCAGAAAUAUUGAGUAUACCCCGGUUAAUCUCGAAUACCUUUGGUACGAUGCUGUAGCUUACAAUAAAGAUGUAGUUUGUUUUUUUUGUGUGUUUUUAUUUAAAUAUGAAUAAGCAGGAGCCGGUCGUAGAAAUUCUGAUUUGGUUAAUGAAUUAUUUACGCAAAUUAUUAUAAUUUGUUUGUUAAGAGCUCUCAUAAGUUUUUACAAAUAUUUCUUGUUUUAUUUUUCAAUUUCAGAACUUUAGAAGAUAUACUUAUUACUCAUAUUUCGUUAAGCCUAUGAAACUUUGAACCACCUAGCCCUUCGAUAUACUGUAUAGAGAUCCUGUCUAUCAAUAAUCCUACAGAACAAAUGAGAUAUAUUUAUAACGAUCGACUUCAAAACUAGCAACUGUCGCCCCUCACAAGGCUACAGGUUUGUACGAUUCUGUAGGAAACCAUACGUAACGCUGAACUUCAUACAGAUAUAUUAACAGAUAAAGACCAAACCCAAAAAUAAGAUAUAACGACCGACAUUUGUAAAAAUAUGUAUUUUACAACAAUUAUGAAACAAGGUAAUUCAACUGAUAUAAAUCACUCUUGUUAGCCCGGAUGUUAGCGCGCGAGGGGACUUAAUGUGGGAGGAAACCGGAGAACCCGGAGAAAACCCACGUGAUCCGGCAGCCGAACCCAUAACUUUUCACGUAAAUAACCUAAUAUGUUGAAAACUUAAAUGAUUCUUUUUAUUACUUUGAGUCUUUUGUUUCAUCAGUUACAAAGCAACAAAAGUGCGGUGUUUACAAGGAAAAAUACGAGUAAUGUUACACAGCACUAGACACGCUUACAACGUAAUUACAAAUACAAACAGUGCCACAUGUCUGGAGAGUGCAAUUAUGGAUAUUUAUCAUAGUUGUGUUCUGCUCGAAUUUGCAAUGAAGUGCGCUACUUCUUUUGUACUUUUCACAAUCAACAGUCUUAUCAAUUUAAAAUUGUUGGGCUUUUUAAUGAAGUAAGUUUUGAAAACGUUUGCUCGCAAAUCAGAAUAACAUGGGUAUGGGAAUAACAACUGAAAACCACUGUGAAUGGUGAAAAUUGCUACAAAAAGUAGUUUUGAAGUUGGUCGUUAUAUCUUUUUCUUUGGUUUAUUCUUACAUACUGGACAUAAACAUUAUUUUGUUAAGUUCUUUUGGUAUACAUUAUAUAGAAAACAUUUACAAGCACAAUAAAGAAACUGUGUUGUAUUCAUUGUAAUAUAAAAUCAUAAACAACCUCGUGUGUAGUUAAAUUGCAGGUUGUAGCUAGCAUGACAGGUCAUACAACGAAACAAACGAGAGCGGAGGUUUCUUGGUGAUUGAUCAUUUAAAGACGGUUGCAAAGGUUUCCUUAGAUAUUCAUAGGAAAGAGUUAAAGUAUCAUUAACUUUUUUAUUGUUUUGAGAAUGAAAAGCAUCCAAUAAUUAAUACCUAUUUUUUUGUGUAUGUAUCAUAAUGAAAGCAUAAAACUUAGUACGAAAGAAAGUUAUUUUGAAUAUUAUUUUCUUAUAAGUGUUUAUGCAGACUUCGUUUUCAUGCUGAGAUCACCUUUAUUCGCCGACCUUGUAUCACUUUUGCUUACUCAUACCAUUAUCGCAUUAUAACAUAAUAAUAUUUUUGCAUUAUAACAUUGACUUGUGAUUACUGUUAUCAGUUUUAUCAGCUUCAGUAUAAAAUUGCGAUGAAAUAAUUAGAUAUUAAACAACUUGGCUGAAAACCAUGAUCCUUUAUCUAACAUAUCAUGCUUGCAUAAUCCUCAUAUCGUAUAUAGCACCAUGUUAUAAAUCCAACAAAGUAUUCUGGCUUUAAUUGUCCUGUUUUUAUAUCAUACAAUGUGUAAAGAUGUGAUGAAUGAUACUGGGAGUAAUGAUUAAUAGCCAUCAUAUUAUAUUACACAUAAUUAUCAUUGCCAUGUACCGUAGUCAAUCUAUGAUUUCUAGUUUUACAAUAAAAGACGUAAUAUAAUUGGAACUUUUUAAAUAUAAUAGAGUUACCUCCCCUUUUCACUUCUCAAAUUUGCUACAACGCCAUUUUUAUUGUUAAUCUUUUUUCCCAUUUUUAUUCUCGAAAUGAUUCUUUGACGUAUCUGUAUUUUUUGAUAAUUUUAAGUCAGGAUUCCCUGAGCGUUGAACAUAAAAAUAGGUCCAAAAUGAAAACUGACGCUAGGUACUGUUAUCAAUAUCAAAUGGCUAUGCGUAAUCAAGUGUAUACUAAGAUUUACGUUAUAAUCUCGAUGGAAAUGUUUGAUUGAUUGUCACGAACGCGACAUGACAUCAUUGUAUCAUGAAGCCGAUGAAUAUAUUUGCUAUAAUCAUUUUUUUUAUAAAUAUGAAUUAUAUAAGGACGUCUUUGUAAAAGUGUUCUAAUGAAUUUUUUUCAUAUGGUUUUUUUAUAAUUCAUUUACAUGAUGACGUCAUAAUAUUUUGAAUCAUGUUGAAUGUAAAUGAAUGUGUACUGUUUGAUGUUAUAUGUUAUCUAAGUAGAGUGUCGUGUUUAAAACACCUCAUAUCUAUCAGCAAUGUCCCGAAAGAGAAGAGAAUAUAUUAUAUUUAUAUUUUCUGUUUGCAAGCAUUAUGUUUAGUAUUUUAUUGGAGAGUGGUUCCCCUUCAUCUGUCAUUUAUAUCCAUAUCUAAAUGACAAACAGGAAGUGUUUUAAAUGUUAUUGGUGACUUAAGCGUGUGAGUAAUUCACUACCUGAUGAAAUGUUUCGCUUGAAAGCAUGGAAAUAGAGCCCACCGUAUAUUCACCUUUGUCAUGAACUUGUCAAACAAUGUUGAUGGUUAGGUAAUAAUGCCAGUGUAUCUGUGUUGAUUGAUAUAUAACAAUGAUAAUGAGUCAGUGUUGAUAGUUUUAUAAAUUGUCAUUGAAUCAGUGUUGAUUGUUGUAUAACGAUGUUAAUUAACCAAUGUUCAUGUUUUUAUGACAAUGCCAAACAAUGUUGAUCGUUAAGUAAUACUGCCAGUGUAUCUGUGUUGGUGGCAAUGUAGCAAUGCCAAUUAAUAACUGUUGAUUGAUAUAUAACAAUUCCAAUUUAUAAAUAUUGGUGGUUACAUAGACUGUCUGCAUUGUCUAUAUUACUACUAAUUAAGUAUUGUUGUUAGAUAUAUAUGCUCCGAAUAAUUACUUUGUGAAACACAUUUUUCGCUUUAUAGUCAAACAAUUUCACUAUAUAUGAAGCACUUGCAUAAUAGAAAAAAAACAUCUAUGUAGUCAUGACGACACCUAUCCAAAUAUAAUAUCAUUAUAUUUUUAAAUACUUCUCAAAUUGUUGGCUCCAUUUAUGACGAUGGAGCGAAUAUGGCUGCAAGGAAUAUAUAUCUUGUAUGUUGGAAUUGACGGUUUGAUCAUUGACGACAACGAUCCUACUUGACGCUCUAGCUAACAUGAUUGAAUUACCGACCCGACCUAUGACGGUCCCACUACAGAUGAACUCGGUCCGUCAUGACUUUCUAGUAUGCUUGACCUGACGGCCCAUAUAAUGACUACACAUACUCUACUUAACGUUUUGGUUCGAAUUCAAGUCAAACCACUGACAACCAAUAUCCUGCAUGACCUUGCGGUAUGAUUUAAGUGACGCUUAAUGUAUAUGAUCCUCAAUGUUGCUUACUGUAGUACAAUAUUUCGUGAUGUGUAUAUGUGUAGUAUGGUGCGACAGUAUGCAUCGUAUAUUACUGUAUCUGACUGUAUAUUGUACGUCUUGUUAUGAUGAUUGUCCAUUAUAAUGUACAUGAUUUGUAUUUUGUUUUCUGAUAACUAUAUGCAUGCAUGAUGAUGCUCCGACCUAAACUAUGUAUUACAAUGAAUGAGGUCCCAUGUUUGCAUAUAAAUACAUUUACCUUAGACAUCCAUCCCCUUAAUAUUGCACUACUGUAUUUGAUUAUAAAUAACCAGUACUUUGAUUUUAUUCCUCGGUUGAUCUAUUUGUGCCAAUAAUGCUAAUGGGACGAUUGGCAACCACGCGUUUUUUGUAAUUAUGCAGGGUAUCUUAUAUUUUUCGCAUAACUAGUUCAUAUGCUUGGAGAAAUGAGAAAUUAUGUAUAAUUUGUUAUUGUAAUAAAUGAAAUAGCUUACUCUAGUUAGUUAUCGAAUGUUACUUGUCUAAUUAGUUAUGAAUCAAGCAAUCAGCAACCCAAAGAAAAUCAAUAUCAAGUAAAAGAAAUAAAUUCAGUAAAAGGGAAAAAAAUCAAACUAAAACUACAAGAAAAUGCGUACCAGAUGUACUAAUGCAUGAUAGCUUUAUGUAGCUACAGUCAUUCCGUUGGCAAGGCUCUCUAAUAAGAAUGUGACAUAAGGGUGCUUAUCAUCCAAUCCUUUCAUUAGGGAUUGGAUGGUCAGCACCCUUAUGUCACAUCCUUAUUUUAAUAUCGGAAGUUCACACACAAUGAUGAGGACCAUUGAAUCCCUGAUGACGGGCUAAGCCGGAAAGCUUAGACAUAGAGUGACUUUCUAUUUAUUUGUUAUGUUCCUGGUAUCAACCUUGUGAUAUACAUUUCUAUCGGUGGAUCUUACUUUUACUUGGGGCAAAUAUAUAUUAACAUGAUUGAAUGAUAAUUACAUUGAAAAUAUCAUUGUUGUUAAAUACCAUUAUAUUUAUGUCUGUUGUACAUCCUCUGAAUAAAAUUACCUUCAAAUGAAAA